AUGGAAGAGUCGAUCCUGGCGUCCCUGACGGGAAAUCUCCUCAUCGUCUCCAUCAUCGCCCUCGACCGGCGUCACCACACCCCCAUGGAAAUCUCCUUCCUAAGCUGUGCAGCACAGGUCUGUCUGCUGAUUUUCUUUGCAGGUGCAGAAUAUUUUGUCCUCACGGUGAUAUCCUAUGACUGCUACGCUGCAAUCUGCCUCCCGUUGCGCUACGAGGCGUCCAAUGGGAGACUUGGUACCAGCCUAGCCUGGCAGAGGUCGGCGACCCCCAACCCCAUGCUGCCGCGGUACUUCUUCCUCAUGCACCUGUCCGUCCUCAACCUCUUCACCAUCACCGUCACCGUCCUCAACUCCGUCCACAACUCCAUGACCAACUGCUACUCCAUCUCCUUCUUGGGCUGUGCCGCACAAGUCUUCCUGUUGGCUCUGUUCGGCUGUUCAGAGUUUUACAUCCUCAUAGCGAUGUUCCACGAUCACUACGUGGCCAUCUGCUGCCCCCAGCACUAUAGUGUCAUCAUGGACCAAGCGGCCUGUAUCUCCUGCUCCAAGGACCUAGUCGCCAUCAAUAAAAUAAAAAAAGCCUUUUCCACCGGCUCCUCCCACAUGAUCGUCAUCUCCCUCUCUUACAAUAGCUGCAUAUUCAUGUACAUCAAGCCAACACCCAAGGAAGGAUUAGACUUCUACAAGAAGGUGGCGGUGCAAAGCACCUCCUUGGCCCCUACACCCUACGAAACCAACAGGUGA